GCAAGAAUGAUGGUUGUGACAUGGAGCCUAUGGAUGACCCAGUCUGUGGGGGAUCUGGUGCUGAGACAGUUGACCUCUCCACCAGCUACGCUGUAUGUCUGAAACUCUUCCCCAGGGAGGCACAGCUGCUGCAGGCUGGGGAUGUGAUGGGGUGACUGUUGACAGCCCACUCGCCCACCCCCUCUCUCAAAUUAUUAGUAGUGUAAUAUAAACAAUGGAUCAGAAUUUCUCAACAGUCCGAGAUGGCAAGCAGCUGCUGCCAGACAGAGACUCAUCCAGGCGUGUGUUGACAGGAUGCUUCCUCUCCCUCCUCAUCUUCACCACGUUGCUGGGCAACACGCUUGUGUGUGCCGCUGUGACCAAGUUUCGACACCUGAGGUCGAAGGUCACCAACUUCUUUGUCAUCUCACUGGCUAUCUCUGACCUUCUGGUAGCUAUCUUGGUAAUGCCAUGGAAGGCAGCCACAGAGAUCAUGGGCUUUUGGCCAUUUGGCAAGUUCUGCAGUGUCUGGGUGGCAUUUGACAUUAUGUGCUCCACUGCCUCCAUCUUGAACCUGUGUGUGAUUAGUGUUGACCGUUAUUGGGCCAUCUCGAGCCCUUUCCGCUACGAACGUAAGAUGACCCCUAAAGUGGCGUGUCUGAUGAUCAGCAUGGCGUGGACACUAUCUGUCCUCAUCUCCUUCAUUCCUGUUCAGCUCAACUGGCACAAAGCUCAGACCACCAGCUACACAGAGCUAAAUGGAACAUACCCCAGUGAUCUUCUCCCUGACAACUGUGACUCCAGCCUUAACCGGACCUAUGCUAUCUCCUCUUCCCUUAUCAGUUUCUACAUUCCUGUUGCUAUUAUGAUCGUCACCUAUACCCGGAUCUACCGAAUUGCCCAGAAACAGAUACGGAGAAUAUCUGCCCUGGAGCGCGCAGCAGAGAGUGCCAAAAACCGUCACAGCAGCAUGGGGAAUAAUUCAAACAUGGACAGUGAGAGCUCAUUCAAAAUGUCAUUUAAACGAGAAACCAAAGUUUUAAAGACACUCUCAGUCAUCAUGGGAGUGUUUGUGUGCUGCUGGUUGCCCUUCUUCAUCCUGAAUUGCAUGGUUCCGUUCUGUGAGCCGAUCCUGCCCGAUGGUGCCACAGACUUCCCCUGUAUCAGCUCCACCACCUUUGAUGUGUUUGUGUGGUUUGGGUGGGCAAACUCCUCGCUCAACCCCAUCAUCUAUGCCUUCAACGCCGACUUCCGCAAGGCCUUCUCCAUCCUGCUGGGCUGCCACCGGCUCUGCCCGGGCAACAAUGCCAUUGAGACCGUCAGUAUUAACAACAUGGGUGCCCCAACCUCAAACCCCAACUGUCAGUAUGAGCCCAGGAGUCACAUCCCAAAGGAGGGCAACCAUUCAGCCAGCUAUGUGAUUCCCCACAGCAUCCUUUGUCAGGAGGAUGAUUUACAAAAGAAAGAAGGAUGUAGAGGCGAGAUUGAGGUGGGGAUGGUAAACAACACCAUAGAGAACCUCUCCCCAGCCAUCUCUGGGAAUCUAGACAGCGAUACUGAGGUCACACUGGAAACGAUCAACCCCAUAACACAGAACGGACAGCAUAAAACUGUGUUAUGUUGAGAAAAGGAAAAAACUGGAGCAUGUGAUGGCAUGCAUGUAUCCAAAAGGGGAAGAAAAGCUUACACGGGAGGACAGUAAAAGAAAGAAGACAGAACGUGCCUGGCAGGGGAGCAGUGCCUGGCCCUUAACACUGUCAAUAAAAAGCAUUACGAGGGCAAAACCUACAGAAUGUUUUAAAGUAAAGGCACUUUAACCUGGGCAUACAUGUAACUAUCUGCAAAAUACCUUCAGCAUUUAUUGAUGAAAUUGACACAUUUGAUGAUAAAUGUUGAUAAUGUGAGUAUUAAAGCAGAACACUAGUUAUGUGCACAUGUAUACAUCUGCAUGUGUUUACUGUACAGUACUGACACUAUCCUGGGAGGACCUCAACGCAGUAUAUACAGUGGAGUAAGAUGUAUUAAUUAUUAGCAAAAUGUCUUGUAGGUGCUUUAUAAGUGUUUCAUGGGAGGGAGGACACUGUGGGUUAAUCGGUUUUGGUGCAGUAAAAACAGCUGUUUAUUGAAGUUAUUUUAUUUAUUUAUUUUUUUAAGAACAUUUCUAAUGAUAAUGUUUUUGCAAAAUUGACACAACUGUGUUGCAGUGUUGUUUUUAUUUCAGUUACUUCAGACACCAAAGUAACAAUGUUGUGAUCCAAACUAAAACAAGCAGGUGGUAGAUAAUGGAUUUCAGUUCCAUAAGAAAAGUUGCCAUAUGUUUAUAACAGUUUUAUCUUUACAGCCCCCUACCAAUGUCAUCAUGCAGUUUCUCCAGAUUCUUAUAAAACCUGAUGUGUUUGAAUUCCAACUGGUGUGUGUGUG